AUGAAAUGGAGUGAAUCCAAACCAAGGCUCCAAAAUUUUGUUGAAGAGGUUUUCCAGCUUUUACUGAUAAAGAAUUCGAAUCUCACUUUAGCAUUAAAUUUUAUCCUUGACACAAUUAAACCAUCAUUAACAAGAAAAAUUUCAGGAUCUCCAAUGAUACCGCCCGAAAAACAAUUAUUCAUCGCUAUAUGGAAAAUGGCCACUCCAGACUCAUAUAGGUCUAUAUAUCAAAAAUUUGGCGUUAAUAGUUUUGUUAUCAAGUUUACGAAGAGUUACAUCAUAACGAGCGGUUUCCCUAAAAUUAUCAGUACAAUUGGAGGAGCGCAUAUAAAUAUUCCUACACCACACAAACAUCCGGAAUCUUAUGUCAAUAGAAAGGGACAUCAUUCGAUUCAAUUACAAGUAAGUAUAAGCAGUCACGUGUCAAAACAGGUUGUUUGUGAUGCUCAAAGUAAAUUUAUCCACUUUUAUGGUGGUCAUCUUGGCUUUGUACAUGACGCACGAGUAUUCCGUUUAUUAAAAGUGCAUGUUGGCGAUGUGGCUUAUCUUCUCCACAAACAUUUAUUAACACCGUAUCGAGAUAAUGGACACUUAUCAGCACGACAAAAAAAUUAUAAUUUUUGUCAUUCCUUAGAACGCGAAGCUAUUAAGCGUGCAUUUGGAUUACUUACAAAAAGAUUUUGCAGCUUACUUAUUGUUUUAGAGAUGAAUCGAACAGAUUCAAUACCUGAAUACAUCAUUGCUUGUUGUGUAUUGCAUAAUAUAUGCUUAUUUAAAGAAGAUGAAUUUCCCAUUGACGAAAUAAUCGAAGAAAAUAGAAAUAUGAAUGACAUAAACCAUAAUAGCCAAAAUAGUGAUAUUAGCUGA